AUGUCUAUUGUCCCGUACAAUUCCAAUCGGGAGAUUUUGCUUCAUAGUCCAAACGAGGGAAUUCUUGUAGUUCGGGACAGCCAGCAAAACACUGUUGAGCUCAUUUCCACUAUUAGCAAGAGUAGUGACCCUCGAGGAAGUACCAAUCCUCAAUUCAAACGAGAACCAUUUGGAACUAAACGAUUCCCAGCAGCAUCAAGCGGUGGUACUCAUAAUUGUCCCAAUUGCGGAUUUUCUUGGUCAGAUUAUCCUGCUAAUAAUAGAAAUUCAGGCGAUGGCUCAUCGGAUCUACGCAAUAUUCCCAUAGUUGAUCCAAUAGAAUCUAUUGCCAUUGCCCAAAAGUUCCCAAAAGGAUUCAUGCACCAUGACUAUUUCAAGCUUUUAAGUCAGCUUGAAAAUGCCACUGAGACCAGUUCCAAUAGCAUUCCAUAUCAUUCUUUACCUCAAGAUAUAUUUAACCAGGGCUACUUUAAGCGGUUUUUCAAGAAGGUUCCUCCCUAUGAGUUGGGCUCUGGAGCUCAUGCCCAGGUGUAUAAAGUUGUUCAUGUAUUAAACGAAAUUAAAUUAGGCACAUAUGCUGUAAAGAGGAUAAGCAUUGGUGAUAGGUUUGAGCUACUAGAACAGGUGUUAAAUGAGGUGUUGAUCUUGUAUGAGCUCUCCGUCAAGGGAGCCAACGAAAACAACUUGAUCCGGUACAAUCAUGUUUGGUUAGAACUUGGUGAUAUCGAUGAUCUGUCCACGUUUAUUAUUUCAGAAGGCAACACCUCGUCACGUAAAGAAAGUACAAAGAUUCCGUAUGUCUUUAUACUUCAGCAGUACUGUGGUGGAGGACAUCUAGAAGAUUUGGUCAAAAAUAAUUUUCUCAAGGACGUAAACUUGUCGUGGAAGGACAAGAUCCAGAUGGAGAGACUUAGACGCCGAGCUUCAAGAGGAGAGCCAGUUCCCGAGUUACAACAUGAAAAGAAGUGGCUCAAUGAAUUUGAAAUUUGGAAAUUCUUCAGGGACGUAGCCAACGGUGUCAACUACUUGCACCUUCAUGGUAUUCUUCAUCGAGACCUCAAGCCUUCAAAUUGUCUAUUGGACAUCAAGUAUGACAUCGAUGAUCUGGACCAAGCGACCUUUGAGUCCAUUGACACAUUUGAACUCGCAGCUUCCAAAUUGCCAAAGGUUUUAGUUUCCGAUUUUGGGGAAGGACAGAUUAUAGACAAGAGAAACAUACCGGAAACUAAUAUUUCAUUUAGGAUUAGAGAGGAUACAGAUGAAAGACGUGGCAAUACUGGUACUUUGGAAUUUACUGCGCCUGAACUUUGGCUCUUCACCAACUACGACCCAGCUUUAGGUGAACGAAACAAAAAAUUCAUUAAUGAUUUUUCUUAUGAAAGUGACAUAUACUCACUAGGAUUGAUUCUCUGUUAUUUAUGUUGUGGGCUGCUACCAUUCUCUAAGUUGAUUGCUGGCGAGACAGAUCCUCAAAUCAUUCGAGACAAAAUCAUCGAAUGGUAUUUUUCCAUGACACCAAAUCUUUUCCAUGAGUGGUUUGAAUUGAGUAGUAAGAUAGGGAGUGAAAAAAGUUCUGUUUGUAGUGGUGAUUUUGAGAGUCUCAUAUAUGUAAUGAUCAAAGGUGGUGAUUCUGACGGCAAUGGUACUGGCUCGUCCAGAAUAAACUCAAGCGAAGUGAUUGAAAUCCUUGAGUCCAUUAAGUGGGAUAAACUUGUCAAAGACAAC